AUGGCCCGCGAAGGAACGCGCUCUGCGACCGGAAACUCGCGACCGAGAGUAUUCCCUACUAUCCCUGAGCCGACAACCACCGCCACCAAGAAGCGUGCUACUGCCAAUACUGGUGCGAAGAGGGGGCCAAAGAAGGCUACUGCUGCCAAGGGCACCAAGCCCGCUGGCGUUACCAAGCAGAAGGCUCCUGCUAAGAAGGCUACUACUACUACCAAGGCCAAAGAGAUUGUGAAGAAGGCCGAAGAUGCUGUUACUCCAAACCCAGAGAAGAAGGCUGCUAUUACCAAGAAGGUCAAGGCUGCCGAACCGACCAAGAAGGCCCCUGCUACCAAGAAGAAGUAG